AUGGUUAACUUUUUCGCCAUCGCUUUUGUCGCAAGCGCUUUAUCUAUGACCAACGUGGAUAGCAGGAGACCAAUUGGUACCGAAAGAAACCUGGGGGCCAGCAAGGUUGAAUCUGUCUACAAGCCUCUGCAGAUCACCAAAGGACAAAUUCUAGACAAGAGGUAUUUGAGCGAGAUGCUCGAAAGCGGAAACUCAACUGACUACACACCAACUCCAGUGAUUCCACAUAAAACCUCCGACACACCGGAGAAGGCUUCUGAAAAACUUAAACGACGUACCUUCGGAUUGUUUUCUUUCAAACAAAUCAGAGUGCAUGCCUAUCUUGUGCAAUGUCUUAAUGGAAUCUUGCCCCAUGUCCAAAUAAUCCGAAGCCUCUGUGCCCGAGAAUUCAAUGGCGAUGCUGAAAGACUAGGUUGGAGUUUGGUAGGAGAACUGCGCGUAAUCCUUGAUAUAUUGAAUGGCUGUCUGGAUCAAAUCAAAAAUUGUGGAACGGCACCAGCCCCAAGUGGUGCUCCAGGUGGAAGAACGCCUUCAAUUCGAGAUAUCUGCCAGAUAUUGUUCAAAAUUAUGUGCGAAAUCAGAGAUUGUUGCAUGGUCAUUGGUGCGCUUUGUACAAAAUACCAAAUCGUCCGCCAGAUUUGUCAUGACACAUUGACCCAAAUCACGGGCUGUUUGUCAAGCAUCACAAUCAGCUUAGGCGCGCAGGUCGGUAAUGUGUUCAGUGGCUUAGGACAACUUUUCGCUACCGUGCCUCACUUCUUUGUCGGCGUACAAUUUGGCUUCCACGCCAUCCCCGGAAUACUAGGAAACGGCAACGGCUACUUUUCCUUCAACGCGUUUUUGUAG